AUGGACAAGGUCGACAUCCUCACGGCAUCCCGAGUGGAGCCCCUCUCCCAGCACCACCAUGCCACGAUUAUGAGCCGGAUGAACCCGACGCUCGCCUACGCCGUGCAUUGUCAAAACAUCAUCGGCUCGCUCUCAUCCUUGCUCUGCCGGCGUGCCUACUUCUUCGCCAGCGUCUCCCUCGCAAGUGCCUACUACGCCGCGCGGUUUCUAGCCUUCUAUACCCUCUUGGCCACCAAGCUCGGCGCCUUGCACGGCAGCACCACUUCAGUCCGCGCCGCGGCCGCUGUCUGGGAUAUGAAGACGACCCGCAUGCUGCGCGACAAGCUCUUUUACGAGUUUGCCCUUUUUAUUCUCGGGGCAGGCAACGGCCUCUUCCUGCUCGUCCUUUGGCCCGGCUGGAUCGUAAUUGGCGGCACAUCCUUUGUCCUUUGGCAGAUGUGUGGCUGA